AUGCCAACACUAAGAGAAUCCCGGACUCCAAAUAUACCUCAUCGAUCGCCAUUUCGUAUACGAGAUUCACAAAUGAGCAAGAUGCAACACGUCUCAAACGGUAAUAGUUCCGAUAGAUGGAGCUUCUCAAUGGAAUUGGUCAACAUGUGGAACAUGAAGCCGCUUGAGACGUUUAACGAGAAGAGGAAUGAGCAAAGUGAAAACUUGUUCUCUUCAGGAAACCUGCUAACACAAUUAUUGGUUUCACAAGCUAUACUAGAUUCAAAUGAAUUCCAGAUAUUGUCAUUCGAGAAAUUAGAUAAAUUAAAAAAGGUAAUACAAAAUGAAUGA